AUGUUUUGUCCGUCAGACUCUGGAGAGAUUAGUGAGGAGGCCGCAGCUCGGAUGGAUGAGGACGCGGAGGAGGAAGAAAAAAUGAGGCAAGAGGAGGAACGCAAGUGGUUGGAGCGUGAGCGCAUUGCACAAGAAAUGUUUGCCCAGAAGAAGGCCAUGGAGGAAUUGGAGGACGCCAAACGCAAGCGUCUUGAAGAAGAGGUGAGCUUC